AACAUGAUGUAUGUAAUUUCAAAAAAUAUGUUAAUGCAUAAGUAGAUGGAUGGGUUUUCCACCAGGAUAUAUUGCCGUUUGAUUAUAGAAACAAAUACGUGUAUUUGUAUCAGCAAUAGAUGAUGUUGCAGCUGUACAUCGCCAGUAAACGAGUAUAGUUAUCGGUAUAGUAAUCGUCAUUUUUUCUAUCUUUUCUUAAAGUUUCAACCGAAAAUUAUUGAAGGUUUUUUUUUAACUUGACCCGUUAAAUUGCGUCGGAGAAAGAAAUCAAUUAUUUAGUCAGAUAGUCUUCUUUCAAAUGCAUUUUGAUUGAGUUAAUUUUUGAUUAACUUUAUAUCGAUCAUCUGCGCUGAAAAUAAAAUCCAUCUCUAAUAGAAAAAUCGCCGGAUUUUUUACUUUUUUAAUAAUAUUUUUAAAAAACUGGAGAAAUUUCAAUGCAUAAUGUAUAAUUAUCCCCCACGUGACAUCAUUGCGCUGAAACCGGUUUCUCAUUCCGGCCUCUCUUUAAACGCCACGUAGGUUGCAGUUAUUAUUAUUUUUUUCACGAUGCAUGAUUUGUAUAAACAGAUAAUAAAUCGAUACAUUUUUCAAUAAUCGAACGUUUUUACAACAUUCUCUGCAAAUUAACAUCGAUUAUCUCUCAGCGAUAAAGCAGUAUAUAUAGACUCGUGUUCAUACAUGUAAUUCACCGCGGAAUUAUAAACCCUGAAUUAGAUUUCGAUAUUAAUUUAUAGACGUCAAUAAAUUUGGAAAAUGAAUCGUAUAUUACGAUGACCAGUGCUUCGUCAUGCAAAAUCAUCGUGUACAAAUUAGUCACACAUUCGGCGCACAUCUGGUAUUGAUACCAUAAGUUUAGUCACCACUAUCCUAACGCUUUGUGAAUAAUCAACGCGCAGGAGAUAAAAGCUCUGCAUCGCGUGGUACACACAGUACAAGCUCGUCGCAAUAACAAUGCAGUUUUAAAAGUACAUUGUCAUCAUCGUCGUCAUUAUCCAAUUUCUGUUAUUUCGUCGGGUGUAAACGCGACGCGUUCAAUUCGAACGCGGAAUUGCGCGACAUUGAGGGUGUGGUAAAAGUACCGACUUAUAUCCUUUUGGUGUGUCAUUGAUCUUGUUGAUCGAGUCGCCCUUUACACGCGCGUAUGAUAAAUUUGUAGAACGUAUACACAUGCUUCGUCGUAAAUAACGAUUUAAUUGAGCUCUCCUAUUAGCGAAUGGUUAUAUUUAAAAGCGUUAUGUAAGUUCAUCGGUACACAGCCUUGUAAAACCUAUAGAGUAUUUUUUGCUGUGGAAAAAAACAUUAAAUUGUAAUAUUAUUUUACGAGAAUCGAUCGCAAAGUUCGAGAAAAAUCGGGUCGAAGUACACACACACACACACACACACACACACACACACACGUGCACAGUUCGUUGAUUGAGAAAUUGUAUCGCAUAUACAUACUAUACAAUCGUUUAGAGUACAGUCAUAUACACAAUGUGUGUCUUACACGACUACCAUAGGUCUAUACUGCUAUAUAACAGUUCUAUGCUUGGCUUCUUUCGCGAUCUCGACAUAACUUCGAUCGCGGCAGCAUUUUCCUUCGAUUUCCCGCAAUAGCACAUGAGCGCGAGGCCGCUAACUAUUUCAUCAGCCAAACCGCCCGUGUAAAAAAGCCCUCACCUAUUAAGUAUACUGGAAAGACUCAUUUCGAGGAAAAACCUACAUAUUUACAGCAAAAAACAGAAAUAAGUCCGAUAACGAUUAAAGCGACUAUAUGUGCACGCGCGCGCGCGCGCGAGAGAGAGAUACCGAUCGCGCAUUCGAAAUUCCCGCGUUUCCCCGUGGAAAAUGCCUCGGAAAAAUCAUGAAACUCUCACUCUCCCUCGGCACUCGCAUUCGAUCUCAAAAUUUAAAAUCCACAACGCGUGGCGUGUGCUGAUUUUCAUUCGAAAAAAAGUCUCGAUCCCCCGAUAACGUUCGAGACUAUGAGCAGAACUGCGCGAGUAUGAGAGAUCCGGCAACGUCGCAACCGCGACGCAUGCGCCAGUGGGAGCCAGCGGUUGACGACAGUCAUCCCCACUUCUCGGCCACAAACAGCCUCUGAAUACGCAUCAGCAGCGGCCGAGUUUCUUCAUUGUUUAGCACAGCGUCGAAGCGAGAGUAUUCACGCUUUUUGCUAGACACCCAGACCAAUUCACCGCCCCGAAGAGAAAAUGUUUCUACUAGGAGUUUUGUGCACUUUGCUCGUAACUGCUUCGGCAGAAUACUGCUACAAUGAUAUUGAAAGUGCAUGCAAUCCUAAGCAGGCACCCUCAUUAACAGCUGGACCACAACUACCCAACUGUAAUGCAAAGUAUGGAGGCAUUGAUUUAAUUCAAACCGACCUUCAAGCUUAUGCUAAUGGACAUAUUGAGACAAGCUUUGAGUUCUUGUUGAUGUCCACUCACUUUGGUAAUUAUGAAUCCAACCGAGAUGGAUUCAAGAGCUUAUACAGGAAAUUGUCUGAUGAUGCUUGGGAGAAAGCCAUCAAUACCAUUAAGUACAUCACUAACAGAGGUGGAAGGAUGAACUUCAACCAACUCCCACACUUCAAGAAAGUUACCAAAGAUCGCGUGCUGGACCUCACUGAGCUUCACAGUUUGGGUAAGGCAUUGGACACAACCAAGCAGCUGGCCCAGGAGGCCCUGCGUCUGCACUCUUUGUCCAUUAAGCACCAGGACUCCGCUGCGUCCCACUACAUCGAAGAGAAGUUCAUGGAGCCCCAGACGGAAACCAUCCGCACCCUCGCCGGAUACACUCACGACCUCAGGGGUCUGCUCAACAAUGACGCACCACUUGCUCUCUUCUUGUUUGAUGAGUACCUCCAGAAGACCCUAUAAGUCCUGUAUAUUUCUAUUUCCCGCAAAAGCGACUUUUUUUGUUAUUUCAAGAUAAUUCCGUUUAUAUAUAUCAUAUUAUUAUUAUUCUAGUAUUAAAGUUAAUUGAAGCAAAGAACAAAUGUUGUAAAGAACAAACGUUGUAAAGAUUAUGUUUGUACAGGAAGAUAAACGAUUUUGGUAUACAUGGAGUUUUAUUAAAAAGAAAAGUUAAUUGUGCAUAUUAACAGUACGUAAUUUAUUGCCUUAUUGUGAUACACACUUUGAUUUAUUACUUCCUACAAUGAUUGAAAUAUGUAAAUGUCGAACAGAUAAGCAAUUUUCGUAGAUGAUAAAGAUACACGUUUUCAGUCACUCAUCUUUUUUGAUAAUCUUUAUCACGAGAGAGUAAAUUAAAUGCGUUACAAUAGCAUUGUUCGUCAGCACUGAUAGCGAGUGAAAAUAAUUUUUUAUUUUGUACUUUUGAGAAGAAAAUGUUUUCUUGUAUUAAAUAAAUUCUAUUCGAUAUAAAAA